UCAUAGCAAUUGAAGCACAUCUGCAAUAGCACUCUCAAUAUGUCGCACAAAUACCCUGAAGUGCAAGGGGGAGGUUCUCUGAUAGUUGCGUGGCAAGCAAAGAAUAGUCAUGUGUUAGUUGUUGGUGGUGGAGAGGUAGCCGCUGGUCGCAUUCUCCACGCUCUCAACGCCGAUGCUAAAGUCACGGUCGUUUGUCCGGCAUCAGGUCUCAAUGAUGAAGUGGCCUUUCGAGUGUCCGAGGGACAGGUUUCUCAUAUAGAUCGCAACUUUGAGCCUUCUGAUCUAGAAGGAGCGGACAUGGUCCUCUGUGCUAUUGACGAUCCCGAAGCCUCGACACAAGUUUGGAAGCUUUGCAAGGAGAAGCGGAUCCCUGCCAACAUAGCAGAUGUACCUCCCGAAUGCGACUUCUACUUUGGCAGCGUAUACCGAGACGGCCCGUUACAAGUGAUGGUCAGCACAAAUGGAAACGGUCCCAAGCUUGCAAGCAUUGUCCGAAAGAAAAUUGCGAACACCUUGCCGGAUAACAUGGGAGCAGCAAUUGACAAUGUGGGAAAGCUACGGAAGAAGCUAAGGGAAGUCGCACCUAAUGUCGACGAGGGGCCGAAAAGAAUGAAGUGGAUGUCUGGAGUUUGUGAGUCAUGGAGCCUGGAGGAACUCGUACAAAUGGAUGAUCGGGAUAUGCAUAGUCUACUUUCUCACUACGACUCUGGCAAAAUCCCAGCUUUCAACGAGAUUCGACACAACUUACCGACAGUAUAAACCAUACGGCUUGCUGGACAGCUGUUUUGAUUCGACUAGUACAAUUGUAUAAACAUACUAAAGAAAUGGAUGGAACACUACAUGUCAUUUGACCUUUAUAUACAUUGCCUGAAGAUAUCUAGAUGGAUCCACAGGCCCUUUCAUAACUCUAUUCUUGUCAAUCAAUCAUAUAUAAAGUCCGCUUGCAUAGGAAGAAAAAGAAAGAAAACUUAAGAAGCAACUGAACUUUGUUAAUUCUACAUUCACCACUCAUUCAGAGUGUGCUUCACCACUGAAUGACUAGGAUAUCCAAAAGAUGAGUCAAAAACACGAGACACAAGACAUGAGAAUUAGUCAAAACAAGAAACUGCUAGUAACUUAUUGCCCCCGACUGUAUCUGCGAGA